CACAAGAAGAUCCGGCUGUUAGCUCUUCAUGGAUUUAACCAUCGUAGCUGGUCUGUAGUCAGUUGUCUCAUACACUUUUACCGGCUGUUUCAUUAAUGUUUUGAUACAGCAUGGCCUCUCUGAAAAUAGUGCUGGCUUAUUCCAGCAGGGUUCUGUCAACACUGAAAAAACAGACUAAUGUCGUUUACAUCAAGAGGACUUUCCUUCUGUCCAGAGUGCCUCUCUUCAGACGUGCAGACGGCAGGUUUGUCAACUUUGGGCGAAAGUCCAGCUCUACAGCAGUGGGAGCAGAGAAGGGAGAAGACUCUUUCCUCAAAUGGUUCCUGCUGCUCAUCCCUGCCACCACCUUUGGCCUUGGUACAUGGCAGGUGAAACGGCGUCAGUGGAAAAUGCAGCUGAUAGACGAUCUGACAAAACUCACUAAUGCAGAACCCAUUCCUCUUCCUCUUGAUCCUCAAGAGCUGAAUAACCUCGAGUACAGGAGGGUGAGGGUGCGAGGACAGUACGACCACUGCCAGGAGCUGUAUAUUCUGCCCCGCUCCCCAGUGGACCCAGAGAAAGAGGCCAGAGAGGCAGGACAGCUGUCUUCAAGUGGAGAGACCGGCGCUAAUGUCAUCACCCCUUUCCACUGUACUGACCUCGGCAUCACAAUCCUGGUGAACAGAGGAUACGUCCCAAGGCAGAAGAUAAGACCAGAGACCAGGAUGAAAGGACAGGUGGAAGGUGAGGUGGAACUGGUCGGGGUCGUCAGGCUGACAGAGAUUCGAAAACCCUUUGUUCCAAACAAUGACGUGGAGAGAAACCGCUGGCAUUAUCGAGACCUGGAGGCCAUGUCCAGUGUGACUGGAGCUGAGCCCGUCUUCAUUGAUGCCGACUUCGGGAGCACCAUCCCUGGUGGACCAAUAGGUGGACAAACCAGAGUCACACUGAGGAAUGAGCACAUGCAGUACAUAGUUACAUGGUAUGGCCUGUGUGCAGCAACUUCCUACAUGUGGUAUGCCAAGUUCAUCAAGAGGAUUAAAGUGUGACAUGAUUAAAUGCAGUGAAAUUACACAUGGAUACUGUGUGAAGUGUUGCAUUGCAGGCCUGUGAUGUAAUUUGUACUUAAUCAGCUCCAGCUCGCUGCAUACAUUCACUAACAAAUAUGUAAAUAGUUGUGGAUUAUUCUCUUGAAUCAUGUAUGCAAGAAUAAAUUAAUAUUAAUUUAA